AUCAGCGUGGGCAUCAUGCACCUGCCACAAGGUAUGGCCUAUGCACUACUUGCCUCUGUUCCCCCAGUCUUUGGCCUGUACACCUCCUUCUACCCUGUGCUAGUGUAUUUCAUCUUUGGGACAUCCAGACACAUCUCAGUUGGCACAUUUGCAGUGGUCAGUAUCAUGGUGGGCAGUGUGACGGAACGCUUAGUCCCUGACAGUGACUUCCAAAUAAACAGCACCAAUCUAACAGAGAAUGUGAACAUAUCAGCGCGCGAUGCCUACAGGGUCAAAGUGGCAGCUGCCACAACCCUCCUGGCAGGGAUCUUUCAGGUGGCCCUGGGUCUCGUGCGGUUUGGAUUUGUGGUGACGUACCUGUCAGAGCCGCUAGUCCGGGGUUACACCACGGGAGCUGCAGCUCAUGUGGUUGUCUCACAGCUCAAGUACAUGUUUGGUGUGGCACCCAGGCGCUUCAAUGGACCUCUAUCCCUAGUCUACACAAUAAUAGAGGUCUGCUUCCUGCUGCCCGAGACCAAUGUGGGCACUCUGGUGGUCAGUCUGGUGUCCCUGGCAGUUCUCAUUGUGGUGAAGGAACUCAACUCUGCCUAUAGCAAAAAACUGCCCCUACCCAUCCCUAUUGAGCUUUUUGUUAUUGUGAUUGGAACUGUGAUCUCAUACUACGCUAGACUGUACGUACUUUACGGUGUUGAUGUGGUGGGGGACAUUCCCAGCGGUCUGAAGCCCCCCAGGACCCCAGAUGUCAGUAUUUUCACGGAAGUAAUCGGGGAUGCCUUUGCUGUGGCCGUUGUUGGCUACGCCAUCAACAUCUCUUUGGGCAAGACUUUCGCCCUCAAACAUGGGUACAAAGUGGACAGUAAUCAGGAGCUUGUGGCCCUCGGUCUCAGUAACACAGUAGGGGGAUUCUUCCAGUGCUACUCUGUCACCUCCUCUAUGUCCCGCAGCCUUGUGCAGGAGAGCACCGGGGGCAAGACACAGGUGGCAGGAGCGAUAUCUGCUGUGAUAGUAUUGAUCACUGUACUGAAACUGGGGUCAUUGUUUGAGGAGCUGCCCAAGGCUGUCCUGGCCACAAUAGUCUUUGUCAACCUGAAGGGCAUGUUUAAACAGUUCCAGGAUAUUCCUGCCCUGUGGAAGAGCAACAAGAUUGACCUGCUGGUGUGGCUGUUCACCCUGGUUGCCACGUUGCUGCUCAACCUGGAUCUUGGCCUCGCCGCCUCCAUAGUCUUUUCCCUGCUGACUGUCAUCUUCAGAACACAACUUCCCAGAUACUCAGUCCUAGGGCAGGUGCCUGGCACAGAGAUCUACCUGGAUGUGGAGACCUACGAGGAGGCAAGGAGUAUCCCAGGCAUCACCAUCUUCCGUUCCUCCACCACAGUGUACUUCGCCAACGCUGAGCUCUACCUAGAUGCCCUGCAGGAGAAGAGUGGUAUUGAUGUUGGAAAGCUGCUGACCCAGAAGAGGAAGCUGCUGGCAAAACAGAAACGUCAAAAGAAGAGUGAGGAGAAGAGAGCUAAGAAGGAGGCCAAGAGAGGGGUCCUGAAAGCGCCGGUUGAGAUCAGCGAGACGGUGUUUUCAGUUGAGAAAGACAUGGACCACUGGAGUGAGAAGAACGGGACCUGGGGGAAUCUGAAUGGGGGAGCCGCCGACAUGGUGUCGGAGCUGGACGAUGACACCAUUACCACAGAGACCUCCAGCUACGAGGACGCCCUGAGCAGAGACUUGUCCCUGGGGUCUUUGGGCAGGAGCCUGACGGAGACACACUCCAUUGUGCUGGACUUCUCCACUGCCAGCUUCAUCGACACGGUGGCCAUCAAGACAUUGAGAAACAUAUUCCGGGACUUUGGAGAGAUAGAUGUGGACGUGUAUCUGGCUGGCUGUCAGGCCUGUAUAGUGGAGCAGUUAGAGCGUGGGGGCUUCUUCACUCACUCCGUCACUAAGGACCGCCUCUUUGCCACCAUCCAUGAUGCUGUUCUCUACUGCUCAGCCGGCGAGGACUGUCGGCUGCACCCAGCUAUGACUGUGCACUGGUGA